AUGUCCGAGAAAUACACGCCCGCCGAUGUGGCUAGCCACAAGAACGACGAGAACGGCCUCUGGAUCAUCAUCGACAGCGGCGUCUAUGACGUGACCAAGUUUGUCGACGAGCACCCCGGUGGCAGCAAGAUCCUAAAGCGCGUGGCCGGCAAGGAUGCGUCGAAGCAGUUCUGGAAGUACCACAACGAUUCCGUCUUGAAAAAAUACAGCCCCAAGCUGAAAAUUGGCGAAGUCAAAGAUGCUGCUAAGCUAUAA